AUGCAGCCCGCCACUCAGGGUGUACCUUCGGCGACUUCAAUGGGCUCCACCGUGAUCCGCCCAAACGCGGCGCGCACCAUCUACGUCCAGGGCUCGGCGCCGACUUACACGCAGGGCGCGGCGCCGACCUACACCCAGGCAAGCUCCGCGGGGCAGCCUGUGACGACCACGGUCAUUCGCAGUGCCGCUCCUGCGGUGCGCACGGUCGUGCCAGCGCCGGCCAGUCCGCCGUUGAGCGGCUCCCAGGCGGGUGUGGCGCAGGCGCAGACCCGCCCUCACACCGCCGCUGGGCCCGGAUACACGCAGGCCGCGUACGAGGCGAAGCACCAGGACGACCCGCAGCUGCAGAACCUGAAGGAGCUCCGGAGGACUAGCGGCCUGAAGAACGUUCCCGUGGGGGACGGCCUGGCGACCCUCAAGGCCUUCGCAAGAGACGGCCAGCUGUCGCGCGAGCAGUUCGUGGCUGGGUACGAGCAGCUGUUGCGGGGGCACAGCUCUGAG